GUUUUAACAGCUUGGCUAACGGUAGCUACCGAUACCGAGCCCCUGUGUAACCAUGUGUGUGUGUUAGUGUUGUUGCCAUGGAGACGCAGUAACCAAGGACCAGAUCAAAUGUCUCUUCUACAGGGCCUAUGCAGAUUCUGGGGAUUUUCUGGCUCCAGAAUAACCAGUAAAAAGAAGAGGAGGGGAAAAACAUCACCAAAAAUAAUCCUCCCAAAGAAAAAAAAAAAAAAAAAAAAAAAAGGGAACUUCUGUUAGUAGGCAGGUAGUCUGUCUCCAGCUCAGCUCCCAGGAGGGGGUGACUCCUGAUGGAGUUGGGAUGGACCUCCACAGGAUUGGUGGAUGGCUGAAGUCGGUGUGGCUCUGUGCCAAGCCCUUAUGUCUUUAUAUACUGUAAAGGGAUAACCGGACAGUCCUGAGUGUGCAUCUGCCUCUCUCCAUCUCCUCUCUCUCUCUCUCUGCAGGGCCCCUGUGCAUCUUUUCCUCCAGCAUCCUCCUCUUUAACUUCUUGUCUCUCUCUUCUCCACUGGCUGUGCAAACAAUGGCCACGCCGAGCCUGCUCCUCACUCUGUCCGUGUGGCUUCUGGCUGCAGAGGCGACUUACUACCGGCACCACCGCUACGUCCCUCACUUCUACCGCUACCGGGAUCACUCUGCCAACACGGAAAACCUCCUCCCUGAGGUGUCCAACCCGGAGCCUGCUGCAGUCCCGACUUACCCGGUGAUCCCCGAGGUCUUCCACCCGGCGUCUGAAGCCAUCCCCUCCAUCCCAGAGGCUUUCCACCCGGUGCCCGAGGUGGUGCAUCCUGCAGCCGAGCCCUACCAGCCACCUGUGGUCUACCAGCCGGUGCUUGAAGCCUCCUCCUCCUCCUCCUCCACCGGCAACAACACCAGUCGGCUCUUCUACGGGAUCAUGUUUGACGCCGGGAGCACAGGCAGCAGGAUCCACAUCUAUAAGUUCAUCCAGAAAGACCCUGUUGAGCUGCCAGUUCUGGACAAUGAAAUGUACCAUGCAGUGAAGCCUGGACUCUCUGCUUACAAGGACAACCCCGAGGAGGGCGGCAACACCAUCCGCCAGCUACUGAAGAUUGCCAAGAAGACAGUGCCAGAGGUGGACUGGAAGAGGACCCCGGUGGUCCUGAAGGCAACGGCGGGUCUGCGUCUGCUGCCUGAAGACAAGGCCAACGCUCUUCUGAAGGAGGUGCGAGAUGUAUUUGAUGAGUCCCCUUUCUUUGUGCCAAACAACAGCGUUUCCAUCAUGAAUGGAGCAAAAGAAGGAGUCCUCGCCUGGGUCACAGUGAACUUCCUCACAGGUCACUUGUACUCCAACACCAGGAGGACAGUGGGCAUCCUGGAUUUGGGAGGAGGAUCUACUCAGAUCACAUUCCUUCCCAAGUCAAAGAAAACGGUUCAGUCUGCUCCCCCCACUUACAUUGCAAAUUUCAACCUCUUUGCCCAUACCUAUCAACUCUACACACACAGCUACCUUGGAAAUGGACUGUAUGCGGCUCGACUGGCAACUCUUGGAGCACUAGGAGCUGAUGGGCUAGAUUGGAAAAUCUUCACCAGUUCCUGCCUCCCGAAAAAGUUCAGAGAAGAUGUGACUUUUGGAGGAACCACCUACAAAGUUAGCGGGAUUCCAGACGGCUAUGCAGGCUAUAAGCUGUGCUACUAUGAGGUUAUGAAGGUGAUCAAAGGAAUAGUGCACCAGCCUUAUGAAGUGAAGGGCAGCAGUGUCUUCUACGCUUUCUCCUACUACUUCGACAGAGCUGUGGAGUCCGGCCUCAUUGAUGGCAGUCGAGGUGGUGCGCUUGAAGUCCGGGAUUUUAAGAAGAGAGCCAAAGAAGUGUGCAACAAAAUGACCAAGUACCGUGCUAUCAGCCCCUUCCUCUGCAUGGAUAUGACAUAUAUCACUUGUCUGCUAAAAGAGGGCUUUGGCUUCAAGGACAACACUGUGCUGCAGCUAGCCAAGAAGGUGAACAACGUGGAGACAAGCUGGGCCCUGGGGGCAACCUUUGACUACUUCAGAAACCUCAACAUCCACUAAGGACGGCUCGCUGUCACUGCAGCCGGCACUGAGAGGGACAGUCUGUCACUGUGGGGCUUCCCGUCCUCCGUCCACCCCCGCUCAGCCCGUCCCCUCACAGACACACCUGGUCCCACCAUGCCCCCUCCUCUCCUCCUCAACCCUCAGCACCCUGCGAACACUUCAAGAACUGUUGAAAAAAAAGAAAUCACUAUAUUUUUAUAAGGCCAGCUAUUUCUACUGUAUGUUGAGCUCAUAACUGGUGGGCUGCCUUUAUUUUUGUAAAACGUUUACAUUUUUGAUUCCUUAUGGGUGUCUGAUCUGAAAUGUCUUUCUUACCCACCUGUUGAGUGUGUACAGGGUAGUUUAGAAGCAAUACAACCAGUCAUGGUAUUUGGUGCUUACUGUACAGUACAGUGAGAUUUAUUUAGAGACUAGUUACUAGAGGUGCAACCAUAGUUGUCUUUCUAAGUGCUUGUAAAUCAAUCCUCAUUUCAUUCUAGCAGUAAAUAAUGUUACAGAAUCCCUAAUUCGUUCGCCCCUAGCCACCAUUGGAAAUGGUGCAGUUGACAAUCAUACAGCUUCUUUUCUUCAAUUUUGCACAUAACACUUUAAUUGCAGAUAUUGUAGCCAAGACAUGAUCAGUUGCUUUGACGUCGACUAAAUAGUUGUACAUAUUCAUCAAGUAGUGUUGGUUUCACCAUGACUGAGGGGGCAAGGAGAGAUGCCUCUGACAGACUGUAUCAGGUUAAUGCCUGUAGUUUUAAAGUCCAGCCAUUAUUGUUUGUUUUGUCUAGAGUGGAAAAGACCUUAUCAAGCAUGGCUAAAUUGCAGGGGUCCUACGUCUGAACUCUAUUUUAGACUAGCGGUAGAAAGACCUCUCAUCAAGGGUAGAUAGUAAAAACAACGUAAUUUACCGCCUUAAAUGCAGCAAAAAUGUAAACAGAAAUUAUGUAAAAAGUUUCAAACCCAACUCCUUCAUUUGUUGCUGGUUGCUCAGAAACAUUAGUACUAUUGAAUUCUGUUUUUGAAUUCAUUUUUCUUGUGAACUGUACAAAUAUUUAAAUAACUUUAUCUAAUGUAGAGCAUUUUAAUUAUCCUCAUACAAUAUUAACUCUUGACCUCUGCGUGUAACUGCUCUUUAAACCAUAACUUUGCUGUUUUUUCAGUAUUCAACAUGUUCAAUAACUACUGCUGUAUAUACAUAAUGUAGACUUUUAUAAGUGAUAUCUUUUGACAGAAACUGCUUUGACAUUGCAAAAACUUUAUGCUGCACAAUUGCUCAGAAAUGACAAUAUGUAAAAAUGUGUUUUUAUUAAAUCCAGUGAAAUAAGUGUAUACUAUACAUAUGUUUUAAUAAAACAUGAAAAAUGUACUU